GGAUGGGAGAAUAUAAAAAUAUAUAUAGAGAGGGAGAGAGGGAAGGGAGGAUGAUCAGGAUCACGUGGGCAUCCAUUUGUUGACAAACGCCCCCUUCCCCAUCUUCCUCCUCCCCACCCCAGUCCACAACUCCAUCCUAAAUUUUUCUUCUUUACCUUUCACGUCUCUUCUUUCCUAAAUUUUUUUUUUCCAUCUGAACUGAGACAGGAGAGGAGGAGGAAAAAAAAAUGGCCGGAAAAAGAGCAACGCAUAUCCAUGAGUUGCCGGAGUCGAUCCUUACGGAGGUGUUUGCGCUGGUGAAAGACGUUCGGUCCCGCAACUCGGCGGCGCUGGUGUGCCGGAGGUGGCGCUCGCUGGAGCGCCUCUCCCGGACCUCCCUCUCCCUCCGCGGCCACGUCCGGAACCCCUUCCUUCUCCCCACCUGCUUCCCUUACGUCUCCCACCUCGAUCUCUCCCUGCUCUCCCCCUGGGGGCACCAUCCCUUCCUCCACCCGUCUCCCACCCGACUCAACGGCCAUCCCGAGCCCCGUCCCGAUAAUUACAAUGGCCACCACCACUUGCUCGUCGACGACCAGCAACUACUCGUCGCUCAGCGCCUCGGUCAGGCCUUUCCUAACGUUACGUCCCUCACCGUCUACGCCCGAGAUCCUUCAACUCUCCAUGUCCUCGCACCGCGGUGGCCGGGACUCCGCCACGCCAAGCUCGUCCGCUGGCACCAGCGGCCCCACCACCCGCUGGGCGCCGACCUAGCCCCGCUCCUCGCCGCCUGCCCCUCCCUCGUCUCCCUCGACCUCUCCCACUUCUACUGCUGGACCGAGGACAUCCCCCCGGCCCUCCAGGCCCACCCCGCCGCCGCCGCCUCCCUCGCCCGCCUCGACCUCCUUUCCGCCUCCUCUGCCGAGGGCUUCCGCGCCUCCGAGCUCGCCGCCAUCGCCGCCGCCUGCCCCAACCUUCGCCACCUCCUCGCCCCCUGCGUCUUCAACCCCCGCUACUUCGAGUUCGUCGGCGACGCCUCCCUCCUCGCCCUCGCCGCCGCCUGCCCCCGCCUCUCCCUCCUCCACCUCGUUGACCCCUCCACGCUCUCCCCCGCCCGCCCCAUCUCCGAUCCCGCCGACGACGGCCUCACCAGCGACGACGCCGGGAUCACAGCCGCCGGGCUCGAAAGCCUCUUCGCUGCGCUCCCCGAGCUCGAGGACCUCGCCCUCGACCUCUGCCACAACGUCCGGGACGCCGGCCUGGCAUUGGAGGCCCUCGGCCGCAAGUGCCCCAGGAUCAAGUCCCUCAAGGUGGGCCACUUCCAUGGCGUCUGCAGGGCCGCCUGGCUGCAUCUCGACGGCGUCUCCCUCUGCGGCGGGUUGCAGUCCCUCUGCAUCAAGAAUUGCCCCGAUCUGACCGACGCCGGCCUCGCCGCAAUCGCCCGGGGCUGCCGGAUACUGUCCAAGCUCGAGAUCCACGGAUGCGGGAAGGUCACCGAGAUGGGUGUCAAGAAGUUGGCCAGCAUGCUCCGGUCCACCCUCGUCGACGUGAGCAUCUCUGGCUGCCGGCAGCUCGAUGCGGCCCGAUCCCUGCGCGCCCUGGAGCCGAUCCGGGACCGCAUCGAGCGCCUCCACAUCGACUGCGUUUGGGUCAGGCCCGACCUCGAACAGUCACCUGAGGACGCGGACAGAACUUCUAAUAACACCGGCGAUCUCGAUGAACUCGAGGAACAGGAGGUUUCGAACGAAUCGAGGAACAAGAAAUGUAGGCAUGAUGGUGAUCAUAGCAAGAGCAACGGCAGCAGCAGCACCAGCAGUUUCUGGUGGCGGUUAUGGGAGCGUCUCCGCUAUCUAUCAGUAUGGGUGCCGGCCGGCGAAGUACUGAGCCCCUUAGCCGACGCCGGACUGGACUGCUGCCCGGACCUCGAAGAGAUCCGCAUCAAGGUGGAAGGCGACUGCAGGACCUGCCCCAGGCCGGCCCAGCGAGUGUUCGGACUGAGCUCCCUCUCCCGCUACCCCCGGCUGGCAAAGAUGAAGCUGGACUGCGGGGAGGCGAUCGGAUAUGCGCUCACCGCGCCGACCGGCCACAUGGAUUUGAGCUUGUGGGAGAGGUUCCACCUUCAUGGGAUCGGGGACCUGAACCUCUAUGAGCUCGACUACUGGCCGCCGCAGGACAAGGAGGUGAACCAGAGGAGCCUCUCCCUUCCGGCGACCGGCCUCAUCCAGGGGUGUCCUACUCUGAGGAAGCUUUUCAUCCACGGAACCACCCACGAGCACUUCAUGAGGUUCUUUCUCAUGAUGCCUCAUCUCAGGGACGUGCAGCUCAGAGAAGAUUACUAUCCCGCGCCAGAAAAUGAUAUGAGCACCGAGAUGAGAGUCGAUUCCUGCAGUCGCUUCGAACAUGCGUUGAACAGCAGACUAAUUCCUGAUUAACAAAGUCACAGAGGCAGAAAUUGUUACUACGGCAUCAUCUCCAUUAUUGCUUGCUUUCUUUCCUUCUUUUUUUUUUCCCCCUCCCCAGUUGUUUGCGGAGUUGUAAAUGCUGCAAAGGAACUGGUACCGAGUUGAUGAUAAGAAUGAAUAAAAGUUGCGUGCUCUCUCUGUCAA